AAGACGGUGUUGGAGAGCAAUUUAUUAGGCUGCUAUAAUGGCCGCUAAAUCGGACGGGGUGCUCAAAAUGAAAAAGAGCGAUGUAGCGUUUACGCCUUUACAGAAUUCGGACCACUCGGGCUCAGUACAAGGGCUUGCUCCAGGAUUGCAGCCGGAUUCGGGUACCGGAGAGACGGACUUCGUCAAUGGGGAGUCGCGCUGCUGUGGUUCAAAUUCGACAUGUCUUCGUCUUGGCAGGGAGCAGCAAAAAUAUACCAUUUGGGACUGUCUAUGGAUCCUCGCUGCAGUGGCGGUGUAUUUUGCCGACGUGGGCACAGACAUUUGGCUAUCCGUCGAUUAUUACCUCCGUCGCGAUUACUGGUGGUUUGGCCUUACGUUAUUUUUUGUGGUGCUAGGCUCGUUCUCCGUACAGGUUUUCAGUUUCAGAUGGUUUGUCCAUGAUUUCAGCACCGAGGAGAGCUCAACCGGCGGUGCACCAAGCUGCUCACACAUGGAUGGGAAGCUACUCAGCUCUUCCGCCUCGCAUGGAGAAGUGGGAGCCCAUCCGUCCACACCUCAGAGGCAGGCAUCGACAGCCAGCAAGAGCAACACCACUACCAACAGCAGCAACAGCAGCACAGCAACCCGGACUAAUAAGAAACGCUCGGCGUCCUGCUCUUUCUGUAUAUGGCUUGUGCAAUCCAUCAUUCACAUUUUGCAGCUUGGGCAGCUCUGGAGGUACUUCCACACCAUCUACCUGGGCAUCCGUAGCCGGCGCAGCGGCGAGACGGAGAGCUGGCGCUUCUACUGGCGCAUGGUGUACGAGUACGCCGACGUCAGCAUGCUGCACCUGCUGGCCACCUUCCUGGAGAGCGCCCCCCAGCUGGUGCUGCAGCUCUGCAUCAUCAUCCAGACGCACAAGCUGCAGGCGCUGCAAGGCAUGACGGCGGCCGCCUCCCUGGUGUCCCUGGCCUGGGCCCUGGCCUCCUACCAGAAGGCUCUGCGCGACUCCCGCGACGACAAGAAGCCCAUCAGCUACCUGGCGGUCAUCAUCCAGUUCUGCUGGCACUUCUUCACCAUCGCGGCCCGCGUGGUCACCUUCGCGCUCUUCGCCUCCGUGUUCCAGCUCUACUUCGGCAUCUUCAUCGUGCUCCACUGGUGCAUCAUGACCUUCUGGAUCGUCCACUGCGAGACCGAGUUCUGCAUCACCAAGUGGGAGGAGAUCGUCUUCGACAUGGUGGUGGGCAUCAUCUACAUCUUCAGCUGGUUCAACGUCAAGGAGGGCCGCACGCGCUGCCGCCUGCUCAUCUACUACCUGGUGAUCCUGCUGGAGAACACGGCGCUCAGCACGCUCUGGUACCUCUACCGGCUGCCGGCCAGCACCGACGCCUUCGCCGUGCCGGCGCUCUGCGUCAUCUUCUCCAGCUUCCUGACCGGCGUGGUCUUCAUGCUCAUGUACUACGCCUUCUUCCACCCCAACGGCCCGCGCUUCGGACGCUCCGCCAGCCUGGGCCUGGACGACCCGGUGGUGGGCGUGGGCGCCUUCUCCACCCUGUCCGCCGAGGGCGCCACCAACUCGCUGCGCUCCAACCGCGGCGGCCUCGCCCUGUUGGCCGGCGACAGGGACGGCAAGUACAGCGAGCGCGACGGCUGCGUGCCCGUGUUCCAGGUGCGGCCCACGGCCCCGUCCACGCCCUCGUCGCGCGCGCCCCGCAUCGAGGAGACGGUCAUCAAAAUAGACCUGUGCCGCAACCGCUACCCGGCGUGGGAGCGGCACGUGCUGGACCGCAGCAUACGCAAGGCCAUCCUGGCCGUGGACUGCUCGCCCGUGCCCCCGCGCCUCCAGUACAAGGACGACACCAUGGUGCAGGAGAGGCUGGAGUACGAGACCACCUUGUAGCCCUCUCGCUCUCUCUCCCCUCCUCUCCUCGCUCUCUCUCACUCUCUCUCUCCCCUCUCCUCACUCUCUCUCUCUCCCCCUCCUCUCCUCGCUCUCUCUCACU